AUGAGGAACUCGGUUUCGGUUGUGAUUCUUCUGGCAGUGCUCUGCGGUGUCGCUGCGCUGCCGGCAAAGCACAGUAUCGAUUGGUCCCAAGUGCGGCCGAUCGAAGCGUUUGAUCACAUCAAGGCUCACCUGCCGGUCAACCGGUACACCGCACCCGGCACGCCGCAACGUCGCGUUGUGAACGGACAGGAAGCAAGUCCGGGCCAGUUUCCGUACCAGGUGGCACUCGUUGGGCAGUACGCGGCCGGGGUCGGGCUUUGCGGUGCUUCGAUCCUUACGCCAAACUACAUCCUGACUGCGGCCCACUGCGUCUACGACAGUUUCGACGCGUCCGUACCCAUCGUGGGCGGUACGGCCAUUUUGGGUGCACAGAACCGCAUGGUGGAGGAACCGUCCCAGCAGCGCGUAUCGUUCACAUCGGGCGGCAUCGUUGGCCAUCCGGGAUACACCUUGGAGAAUGUGCGCAAUGACAUCGCUGUGGUACGGCUGGACGAACCGAUCGUCUACACCGAGCGCAUUCAACCGGUUCGGCUACCGGCCCGCUCCGACACACGGACCUUCGCCGGCGUGAUUGGGACCGUGUCGGGAUUCGGUGUGUACUCGGUGGCGAAUCCAGCGCUGUCGGACGUGCUGAACUACGUCGCCAAUCCGAUCAUUACGAAUGCCGACUGUUUGGCGCAGUGGGGCGGUGUGGCGGAGUUGAUUCAGGCCCAAAAUAUCUGCCACUCCGGCGAUGGCGGUCGGUCCGCGUGCAACAGCGAUUCCGGUGGCCCGCUGACGGUGCAGGACAAUGCGGAAAGCUUGCUGGUGGGUGUCGUUUCCUUCGGUUCUUCGGGAGGAUGUGAUGACGGCAUUCCGACGGUGUAUGCCCGGGUUUCCUACUAUUUGGGAUGGAUUGAAGACAACUCGGACUUUGUCGCUGACCCAUGA